AUGGCGAUACUUAUGCGAAUCUACACGCCAAAGGUUCGAAGCGAGCGAAUUGGCGGAAAGAAGCAGGCAUCCAGGCACAAAUCUCCUCGAACACUUGCCAUCCACAUUCACUUCGGUACUGAUACCUGCGAGAACUUCCUGACUGUCGGACAACCAGUUGCACGCGCUAAACCUUUUAGGAACCGUAUCAGUGACAGACACUCCCUCUUCGGCCGAGCUGAACAGGGAUACCUGUGCGAACUCACCAUUUUGCCUUUUACUCUUUCCUGGACGUGGACCACCAAAGUGCACAAAUAUCGAUAUAUCAGCAUUACCAGAGCGAGGUUGGCGUACAUUGCGUCUUUGAACUCUAUGCAAACGCCCCUGGCGGUUCCCAGCUCAUCAUGCUGCCAUUUGCGGUCACAGUUGACCUCCUUGGCUUUCGGAUGA